AUGUCGAAGAUUAUAUCAAUAUUGCGAGUGGCUUUGUAUGGUGCACAUAAAGCAAAAUCAGCGGGUGAAUUAAUAUGGGACUAUUUCAAAAUAGAGGUUACGCCUCCAAUGACUUUAUCAUUGGUGAAUGGACCGUUAGGGCAAAAGUUAGAAGCUACCGCUGAAAAAUUAGUAGACAGUGUCAUUAAUGGAUUAAAUGGUCAAAUUAAGAAUAUAGAACACCAAGCAGUACUAGCGGCUAAAGCAAAGGAAGCUGCGAUACAAGCACAAUUAGCGAAAGAGAAGGAAGCAGCAAAAAAAGCAGAAGAACAGAAAAAGUUAGCCGCUGAAGCAGCUAAAAAAGCGGCUGCAUCUAAAGCUGCUGAAGCAGCCAAGGCUUCUGAGGCCAAAAAGGCUACAGAAGCUAAAAAAUCUUCAGCAUCUAAGAAAGAUUCAGCAGCUAAGAAACCUCCUGCACCACCAAAAAAAGACAAAAAGCCUAAAAAAUGA